AUUCAGUUCCGAUUGGCUGCGUGGCGGCCAGUCAGCACCCGGGCCGGGGCGGGCAGCCACGCUUCGGCAGAGCCCCGCUUCGGCAGAGCCCCGCUUCGGCAGAGCCCCACUUCGGCAGAGCCCCGCUUCGUCAGAGCCCCGCUUCUGCAGAGCCCCGCUUCGGCAGAGCCCCGCGGGUGGCGGCAGGGAGGGGAUGGGUCCUUUGCUCUGUGCAGGACACCGACGCCCGGCAAGGGCCAAGGCAGAGCGCAGCCUGAGCCUGGUCGGGAAGGUUCUUGGGGCGAUCACAAGUCCCCUGCUGGGGUUUUUGUUAUUGUUUUUUUUUUUUUCCUUUUCUUUCCUUGAGUCCCUCUGACCUAUAGCUGGGUCCACCUGGUGCCAGAUCCCCGUUGCCAUAUGAGGGGGAAACUAAGGCGGAGAGGGAGGCAGAAUGUGAGCUUGGAAACUGGGGGGUUGGAGCAAGUCUCAGAGCAGGUGCUGGGCAGGGGAGACUGAGGCGUGGGGAGAAGCAGAGAGCUGCCCAAGGUCACUCAGGUGGAGGCAGAGCUGUCCCCUGUGGUCCAUCCUAGCUGCCGGCCUGCCCAAAGUCUCCCCUGUGCGGUGACCGAGGCACCUGUCUUUGAGCAGGGCUGGAGGUUGUCAGUAGAGGCUCAACUGCAGGCACCUGCCUGCAAAUGGAGCGUCACCGAGGCUUAUUAAACCCUGUGUCCGAAGAUGACAUUGAGGCCCAGAGAGGGCCAGCAUGGCUCCCAAGGUCACACAGCACAAGCCACAGCCCUCUCACCUCCCGGCCUCACCGGGCAGGCCCUUGCUGGUGCCUGUGUGUAUGACGCCCCUCUCCAGUGCUGCCGAGCCACCAUCCCGUCUCACCUUGGCCCUCAGAGGCGGGCAGGGCUCUGGGUUUUACCACCAGAGGAGCUGGAGGUCACCUCGCCAGAGCAGACCCUCUGCAGCCCAUACGCUGCAAGGAGGGCUUCUGGGGGUUGGAACACCGGCCUACUGUGCUGUGUGCGUGGGGCGCUGAGGGUCCCCCAGCUGGUGCCUGCAAAGCCACCCAUGCUGUGUUCUCCUCCGUGGCGGGAGCUCCUAGGUCAGCUCAGGGCAUGGCAGGGACCAGAGUGUGGGGUGUGGGUCAGAGCUGCGUGAGAGGCCUGCUCCCCAGCCUUCACCUGCCAGACCGUAACCCACCCUGCAGUAGCCCCGGGCAACAGGGACCAGAGGAAUGAGCUUUGGUGGAGGUGAGCUCAGUCGAAUCCCAGCCCUGGCCUUGGGCCCACCCCGGGCAGUCACUCCCUCUCGGCCAGCCUCAGUCUUCCCAUCCGGACAGUGGGGAGAGGAUCGUCAGCCCUAGCAUGUUGUCCCCAGGGUUUGCUCAGUGGGUCCUUGGGAACGUUUGUUGAGUGACUGCUGUGUACCGUGUCGGGCCCUUGGGGGGCUGUCCUGAGGACUCCAGGGCCAGGGGACCCCUCCCUGAGGUCACCUGUGUCAGCUGGACUCCAGCCCUGCCCCGGGCGCCCUGCAAGGCAGCGCUGAGGGUAUGAGAAUAAGCCGGCCUCUCAGCUCCUCAGCCCCAGGGUAGGGGGAUUUCACCUCCUGCUGGUAUCUGGGGGCCAGGAAUGGGGAUGGAAGGAGCUGUGGGAGGACUAGUUAGGCAGGGUGAAGCCAGACGGACGGCCCGGGCUCAAAUUCCAGUUCUGCUGUGCGACCCCGGCCAAGCCGUUCCCCCUCUCUGAUCCUGUUCCCCUUCUGCAAAAUGGGGCAUGGACGCAGAUCCUGCCUUCCAGCACUGUGGGGGCUGGCGGGUACUGUGGGUCUCUGGGGCGAUUAUCGAGGCCCAGCCUCCCCGAGCGCCGAGUCCAGAGCCCCGAAGCGCAGAAGGCGCCCCUUGGAGAAUCCGGCGCUCGGGAGGAGCGUGGCCAAAGGACCAGCCCCUCCAUCUGUCCCCCCAGCAGGCUGUGGACGGCCUGGGUGGAAGUGUCGCCACCCACGCCUUUCUGGUUUUACUGGAAAACAAGGCCCAUCCCACCUAUCAGGAUACCUGAGAGAAGGAUCUGGCUGGGUUCUGCAGGCCGCUGGGCUCCCAGGCCUAGCCUUCCACCUGCUCAGGCAAGGGUGGGGGUGGUGCGGGCAUGUCCAGGUGACUCGCAGGCCUCCCUCAGGGGAGGGAGAGAGGUCACCCCGGCCUCUUGCAGGCAUCUCGGCUAAGCAGGUGCAGCCUGGGCUGACGGCAAGGUGGACAAGGAUGGGCGUCUGAGAGUCUGGCCUUGCUUGCCCCCGGUGACGGGAAGCUCAGCCCCUCCACUGCUGUUGUGAAGCUUCCUCUUAGAACCUAGGCUCAGGCUCCAGGCUGGGCUUCCUGGCCCAUGACAGCACUCAGUGUGGGAACUGGGUGGGCCUCAGUCCCACCCCUGAGUUGGGCGUCAGAUGGGAUCCCCCUGGCCUCCUCAUCGCUGCCCCCAUCCCCACCCCACACUUCCCACUGGGCCCCCGCGGCCUUCCUGCUGGCCCUUUAAGGCCCCGGGCAGGAAGCCCCUCCCCAUUUAGGGCAAUAAGUGGACACGUAAAAUGGCCGAGGGCCUGUUUGCUCCGAGUCUGGCCCAGAAGGAGGCCUUUGGGCAAGGGCAGGCGGGCAGGGGGCGGGCUGGCAGCUGGCAGCCACCCCAGGCCGUUGGUGCCCCCCGAUCGGGACACUGCAUUCCUGUCCCAUUAAACCCAGGCUGGGGACUGGGCCAGGCGGGGCUUGGCACCAGGUCAGGGCGGGGUAACCCGUCGGGGCCAACCUUGCAACACAGGCCGCCGGGCGGGGAGGGGGCAGGGGCUGCCGGGUGCGGGCCUGGCAGCCACACCUGCGCACCAGGCUGGUAGGGUGACCUUGGACUGGCCACCCACCCUCUCUGGGCCUGGUCUCCCCUUCCAGCUUCCUCCUCAGACCCCGCCACCCACACUCCCUUAGUAGGUGAGGGGGGACCGGCUUCCCGGAAUAGCAUUCAGGGGCGAAGUUCCCAUCCGAGAGGGGUGCUGAACACACGGCCUGGCAGUGUUUUGGGGCCUGGCUUUGGCGCGGAGUAGGUCCCUGGGCUGAGUUUGCUGCGUGGAUGUGAGUGGGACCCUGACCACGCUGGCACAUUGGGGUGGCCCCUUUCCAGUGUCACAAACCCCAUCCCCCAGGAGAUGGAGGCUCAGAGAGGUCUUGCAUCUUGUCCACACUCACAGCCUGGAGGUGGGGGAGCUGGGGCUUGAACCCGUGCUGCUCUGCACAGCACACAGGAGGGGUGAGAGGUCCCUUUGGCCUCCUCUCCUGCUCUCCCUGGGCAGAGGGUUUUAUGGGGGCCCUGAGCCCCUCAUUAGAUGGCCCCCAGAAAGUGUCCUUCGGGGAGGCGGUGGGUGGCAGUGGCCUGCCCAGCCCCCUGGCUGGCGGCCCCUUCUCCAUCCUGAGGAUUGGGGGUCCCCAGCCCUCCCCUUGUUGUAUGACCUUGGGGAGUCCCCUCGCUCCGGUACCCUGUGCUAGCAAUGCCGCCUCCUCUCUGCCCGUCCCCAGUCAGCCACCUCCAGGCCUCAGCUUCUGCCACUCCCUGUGCUGGGACGCCCUUCUCUGGAUGCCGGGGGCCUUCCCGGGUACACCUGCGGCUCCCGAGCCACAUCAGGGUGCUUCCGAGCUCUCGGCAAGUCCUCAGCAUCUGGGAGUGGCAGCCGCCCAGGUCAGAGGGCUGCUGUGUGAGCUGGGCUGGGCCGCCUAACCUCUCUGAGCCUCUCGGGAACCCUGGGAAGACGAAAGGAAGGGCACCCAGUUGGUUUCUAAAAGCAGGUAGCACAGAGGAGGCCAAAAGGUGGCCUGGGUGCAGUGGCUCUCGACAGACACUGCAGCAAAUGACCCUUAGGUUAGACAGGAGGUGGGACUGGCAGGCUGCACAGCCCCCUGCUUCUGGGUGUGCCUUCCAGCAAGGUGGGCGGACCGGGUGCAGGCCGUCUCUGGUUUAUCCGGUGGUUUGCUGUGCCCCUACUGUGCGCCGCCCUGGGAGGGUUGGGCUUAGGGGCCCGGGAGCGGCCCAGGGGGAGGAAGGCGCCCCACCUCCAGCCCAGGAGGGGCCUGCCAGGGCCUGCCCCUUGGCCGCCGAGUCAGCACCGAGCAGCCCCGGAAAUCCCACGGAGGCCAGCGCAGGGGAGGAGCUGUGAUGAAAGAUGGGGCCCUGGGUCUCGGCGCGGAAGAUGGCCGGCGGCGUGGACGGCCCCAUCGGGAUCCCGUUCCCCGACCACAGCAGCGACAUCCUGAGUGGGCUUAACGAGCAGCGGACGCAGGGCCUGCUGUGCGACGUGGUGAUCCUGGUGGAGGGCCGCGAAUUCCCCACGCACCGCUCGGUGCUGGCUGCCUGCAGCCAGUACUUCAAGAAGCUGUUCACGUCGGGCGCCGUGGUGGACCAGCAGAACGUGUACGAGAUCGACUUCGUCAGCGCCGAGGCGCUCACCGCGCUCAUGGACUUCGCCUACACAGCCACGCUCACCGUCAGCACGGCCAACGUGGGUGACAUCCUCAGCGCCGCCCGCCUGCUGGAGAUCCCCGCCGUGAGCCACGUGUGCGCCGACCUCCUGGACCGGCAGAUCCUGGCGGCCGACGCGGGCGCCGACGCCGGGCAGCUGGACCUUGUAGAUCAAAUUGAUCAGCGCAACCUCCUCCGUGCCAAGGAGUACCUCGAGUUCUUCCAGAGCAACCCCAUGAACAGCCUGCCCCCCGCCGCCGCCGCCGCCGCCACCAGCUUCCCAUGGUCUGCCUUUGGGGCGUCUGACGAUGACCUGGAUGCCGCCAAGGAGGCCGUGGCCGCCGCGGUGGCCGCGGUGGCCGCGGGCGACUGCAACGGGCUAGACUUCUAUGGGCCGGGCCCCCCUGCCGAGCGGCCCCCGACGGCGGACGGGGACGAGGGAGACAGCAACCCGGGUCUGUGGCCGGAGCGGGAUGAGGAUGCGCCCACCGGGGGUCUCUUUCCGCCACCCGCGGCCCCGCCAGCCGCCACGCAGAAUGGCCACUACGGCCGGGGCGGAGAGGAGGAGGCCGCCUCGCUGUCGGAGGCGGCCCCCGAGCCGGGCGACUCCCCGGGCUUCCUGUCGGGAGCGGCCGAGGGCGAGGACGGGGACGGCCCCGACGUGGACGGGCUGGCGGCCAGCACUCUGCUGCAGCAGAUGAUGUCGUCGGUGGGCCGGGCGGGGACCGCGGCUGGGGACAGCGACGAGGAGUCGCGGGCCGACGACAAGGGUGUCAUGGACUACUACCUGAAGUACUUCAGCAACGCCCACGACGGCGACGUCUACCCAGCCUGGUCGCAGAAGGUGGAGAAGAAGAUCCGAGCCAAGGCCUUCCAGAAGUGCCCCAUCUGCGAGAAGGUCAUCCAGGGCGCCGGCAAGCUGCCGCGACACAUCCGCACCCACACGGGCGAGAAGCCCUACGAGUGCAACAUCUGCAAGGUCCGCUUCACCAGGCAGGACAAGCUGAAGGUGCAUAUGCGGAAGCACACGGGCGAGAAGCCCUACCUGUGCCAGCAGUGCGGCGCCGCCUUCGCGCACAACUACGACCUGAAGAACCACAUGCGCGUGCACACGGGCCUGCGCCCCUACCAGUGCGACAGCUGCUGCAAGACCUUCGUCCGCUCCGACCACCUGCACAGACACCUCAAGAAAGACGGCUGCAACGGCGUCCCCUCGCGCCGCGGCCGCAAGCCCCGCGUCCGGGGCGGGGGGCCCGACCCCAGCCCGGGGGCCACCGCCACCCCCGGCGCCCCCGCCCAGCCCGGCUCCCCCGACGCCCGGCGCAACGGCCAGGAGAAGCACUUUAAGGACGAGGACGAGGACGAGGACGUGGCCAGCCCCGACGGCUUGGGCCGGUUGAAUGUAGCGGGCGCCGGCGGAGGAGGUGACAGCGGCGGUGGGCCCGGGGCGGCCACCGACGGUAACUUCACAGCCGGACUCGUCUAAAAACCAAAAAGAGAAAACAGAAACCCGAGAGAGAGAGAGAGACAGAGAGAGAGAAAAAAAUCACCCACCACCCCCCCAAAAACACAAAAAAAGAAAAUCUAUCUAUAUACAGAUAUCUAUAUCUAUAUAUAUAUACAGAUAUAUAUAUAUGACGCGUCACAGAAUCUAGGGUAGCGCUUUCUCAGAUUUCCCUCUUUUCUGACGUUUUUCCUCCCUCGACAGGGGCCCCGGCCCUCCCUGGCUCCCCUGCCCCCCACCCCCACACCCCAUCGCUGGGUUUCGGGGCUUGGUUUGGGGUUUUUUUGUGGGACACAAGGAAUCCGAGACCCCACACAGCCCCCUGGGCACCCGGCAUGGGGCCCGGGGCCGAUCUCAGGCCCUGGGUCGGGGUGAGGGUGGAUGGGGGGAGCUUGGGGGAGGAUGGGGUGGGCUUUUAAUUUCCUCCCCUCGCUGGUUUCUAUGAGUCUUUCAGACAAGACCUUAAAUGAUUUCUGUCUGCUCUGAGCAGACGUUAAAAUGGGCCCCGCCCCCCGCCCCGCACCCUCCUUCCUCAGGGCACUUACUAAGGGAGGGGUCUCCCUCUCCAUCUCCCCGACGGCCUCCCCACCUCCACCCCUGCCUGCGGCCCCUCUCCCCCACCCCCUGCAUCUCCUGGCCACGAGACACAAACCUAUUUAUUUCCAGGCCUGGAGAAAGGAGAUCGGACUGGGGUUCCCGGGGGGGCACCAGGAUGGCUCCCGGGAGGGCCUCCCGCCGCCUCCCUUCACGGCACUUACAACUGGCGGGACCCCCAUGGACCACCCCUCAGGGCGCCCCCCACCCCCGUCCGGUCCACCUAGACCCCCAUGUUUGGAGAUUCAAAACUUCUGUCUUGGUCCUCUCCCCCGAGCCCCCUCUCCCAAGUUUUUAAAGCACUUUUUAGAUUUUUUUUUUCUCUUUCCUCCUUCAAAACAAAAUUUAUAUAUAGAUUAUAUAUAUAUAUAUAAAUAAUAUACUUUUCCUCAGAGGAGCAGGCAAAGUGUGGGGUAAACAGAGUCAUGAUCAGAGGAACCCCAGGGUCUGGUGAUGGCAGGGACGGGGAGAGAGAGAAAAUCCACAAAUUCCGAUGUCACAAAAGCAAUAAAACAACCUAGAAAAAAGAAAAAAAAAAAAAAAAAGAUUUUACAAAAUGAAAGGAAGGGAAAAAAAGGUAACCAACCACAUUAGAAGUCUCGGCACUUUGUAAUGGAACGGGUACUACACUUUAUCUUAAUUCUUAAUUUAAAAACAUGUUUACAAGUUACAACCAACUUCUAUGAAAAGUUGAAAAGACAAAAAAAAAAAAAAAGAGCGAGAGAGAGAGAGCGAGAGAGAGAGCGAGAGCAGAAAUUCCUAAAAGUCGAUUUAUUUUUGUAUAAAAUAAUAAAAAAAAAAACCCACCACAAACGUAGAAUCCACUUCUGUUCCCCAAAAAUCGAGAAGGGGGGUUCAGGAGGAAGCCAUUGCAGGGGCCCUGGGAGGCGCCCCGAGGUGUUUGUGCUACACCCCUGGACGCCAGCCUCGAAGGCAGGACUAAGGGGUGUCUGUGCUGUGUCCCCCGCCCCGCUUUCUGUCCCCUUUUUUGGUUCUGACGUGUACAGGUCUUAGCGCCCACUAGACAUACAAAGGGCCGUCUCUGUCCUUGGGGUCUCCCUCCUCCUCCCUAGCUCAGGGAUGGGCCUUCCAGCUGGAGAACCCCAAUUGCUGCCCCGCACCCCCAAUACCCCAAUCCUCCCGCAUGGCCACCCAGGAGCUGGACCUUGGACACGCCUGCCCUGUUGAGGUGGGUGACAGGGGCCCCCCAUCUCCAGGGCCUUAGAACCACCGCCCCCCCUUCCCGCCCCAGGCACCCCUCUUUUUACUCAAAGGCACUGACUGUAAUCCAGGGGGCUGGGACCUGCCUCCCCCCAACCUCUGGCUUCCACAAGGCCCGGCGUUGACCGAGCCACAGGCCACGGACAGGGGCCGGGGUUGGGGAGACAAUGUCGCCAGAUGCCAGGAUGCCCUCACCCCUUUUGCAUAUGCAAUGCCUAGCAUGGGACCCCGAAAAUAGACGCUCUGCUGCACUGACACUUCCUUGUCAAUGCCCAACCAAGGGGGGUGUCUCCCUGCCCCUGCCCCCCCAUGCCCCCUUCUCUGUGACACACGUCUUCUCGUCUCUUUUUCUUUCAUUUUUAAAGGGAAGCUUUUAAAGAAGGCAAUUUCCACAUUGUUUCUACAAGAUGGUUUUGGUUCCCCUCCCACCCCUCCUUAAGCCUGUCAGCCCCCUCCAAUGUCUCAGGAUCCCCCCUCUCCCCUGGGGCUGGGUGAUGGCACCCCGGCUGCAUUCACACCCCAGUGGUACAGGGCGAGCUGUUCUGAAGAGAAAACCAUCUGUGGUGGCUUGGGCACCCAGGCCAGGGACACCCCCUGCUCCAGCUCCUAGAGCAGCCCCCUGAGGGGUGAGCCCUCUUUCCACUUGCCCCUCUCCACGCACCCCCUCGCAAUAAAACCAACUCCAAAAUCACAGCUGUCGUCCUGGCCAGUGGGGGCGACCGGACUUGGGGGGUGGAGCCCUCUGGGACUUCCGUAGGAACCAGGGCUGCUGCCCACCGAGACACUCACACAGACCUCCUUGGGGAUUGCACUAACCCCUCGUUCCCAGCUCCGCACUCAGCUUCGCCUGUCCCGCCCGCCCACUUUGCCUUAACUGCCCGCCCGUCCUGGGGGCCACAGCCUCUGCAUGGGCCCAGAGCCGGGACCCCCCAGCCCAGCCCCAUCCUCCCCAGACUCCGCGCAAUCACAUACUGUAUAUAGACGUGGAUCGAUUUUAUUUUUAUUCUUUAAAUUAAGGUCGUGAUAAAGUGUUGCCAAAGAUACCUGCUGAAUUCUCGCGUUUCAGGAAACAAAAAGUGAUAUUUGAGGAGGGUCGUGUGACUCCGUGAGAGAGGACACAGCUAAAAGCUUUUUUGUUUGGUUGUUUGGGGUUUAUUUUGUGUUUUCUUUUUUUGGGGUGUUUUUUUUUUUUUUUUUUAAACUGCCUGGUACAAAAAAAAAAAAAGAAAAAAAAAAAAACCAAUGCGAAAUUGUGGCUUCCAUUCUCGUGGACGGGUGUGUGCGUGUGUGAAAGAGAGCGGGAGCGAGGUCCAGGCUUCGGGGGGCUUCAGGCGGGGGCGCCCGGGGGGCCAGGGAGGUGGCCAGGCCGGAGCCCCCGUCUGCAGCAUCCCCGCCAGCCUGCCGGGCACAGGGGAGAGAGAGAAGCAUCCUUGCUACCAGCUGUUGCUGUUCCCUGCCUCGGUCCCACCGACGCCACCCCGCCUUUUGAGAUUAAGGAAAAAAAAAAAAAAAAAAAAAAGGCAAAAAAAUUUUUAAAAAUGAAAAAAAAAAAAAUUAUAAACCAGUGAAUGUAAAAUGCCGGACCAGGUCCAGCCUGGCACGGGUGUGGGCCUGUGGCAAGCCAGGCUUGAGCGGGCAAUACCAAAGUCUGCCCCUGCCUUGGGUGGUCCGCUCAGGAGACCCCCCCCACCAUUGUGGUCAUGGGAGCCCUGUCACCUUUUGUCCAUAGCUGUCUUUUUGCUUCCUUCCGGGGGGGGGGGUCCCCAGCCUCUCUUGGGUCUUCCCCUGGAAGUCGGGGACUGCGAGGAACAUGGCGGAGGGGGUCUUGGCACGAUUCAGACCCCGGGGCUGUGGCAGGAGCAGCCACCUUACACUCGGUGGCACUGUGGCAGGGGUCGUAGGGUGCCCCCCUCCCCAAAUGGGGACAGUCCAGGCAGCUGGCGAGACAGAGAGAAUGAAAUGAAAAACAGAAAAAAUAAAAAUAAAAAAACCCACAAAAAAAAGCAAAAAUCCUAUUUUUUGAGAAAGAAAGAUAUUUAUAUUUGCAGUUUUAUUUUAAGAAGUUAUUUAAGUUGAAGCAGCCUUCCCGGAGGUGGGUGGGGGGUGGCUGGCACAGGACGGGUCAGGGGCCUGGAAGCUGGGGGGCCCCCAGGAGCUACAACCUCAGAAUUCAGGCUAGUUUGCAUUAAAUACAUAGAUUUACAAGGGUGGGUGGGGCGGGGGGGGGACUGGGGCCAGGAGGUGGAGGGGGCCGGGGCGACCCCCAAUCCCUUGCCGGGGCUGCCUGGAGGCUGUGGACGGGGGUCCGAUGCCCAGGUCCAACCCCCCCGCCCCUCCCCAGGCCCAGAAUCCAGGUGCCUUGGACUUUGCGGGGGCCAGGACUGGUGAAUGGGGGGCGGGAUGGCGCCUUCAGGGUACAGAGCACAGACAGACAUUCCAGAGACUGUAUUUGAGAGUCUUUAUAAAGUGUGGGAGAUUUAAAAAAAAAAAAAAAUCUGAUAAAAAUGCACUUUUGGGGAGUGGGGAGGGAGAAGCUUUAAAGUAAUUUAAAAAAUACAAACAAAAACACAAAAGAUGAAAAAGCAGAAAAAAAUUCAUUUUUCUUGUACAUAAAAAAAACCACUAAACGCAGCCUGUUACGACCGCUGCUGCCUCGGUUGCCUCA